CUUUUUACUGAUGGUGACCAGAGCAACUACGAGGAAGAUCUGAAAAAGAUAACUGCGGAGGUCGAAGUAUUGGGCGAAGUGUACCGCUCCAUGUUGAUCUGUUUCCAUCCGUCUACUUCUUCUUCUCCUUAUGAGUUGACUGUCGAAAAGAUCCAUCAACUGAGCCUCGAUGAGCUGAUGAGUUUGAAUUUGGACGAUUACUUGACGAAGUACCAGAAUUCCGUCGAAGAGACAAACUCGCAGAGGAAAAAGAACAUUCAGUUAAACUGUGAACGCGACUUGACAGAAUUACUUAAACUCGUUUAUCCUGAUGUUUACGCAGCCAGUGCCGACAAAGACUUAGGGUACAUUUUGGACAAGGCUUUAGAGAAGGAGAGAAACAUGGAAACGAGGCACGGAAAAGAAAAUGUACAAAACUGA